AUGAGGUGCCGACAAAUGUGCCAAGGCGUGUUUUGUCCCGCGUUCCCAAGCCAGUCGCCAUUAGUUGGUGUGACCCGAAUGUUGUCAAAGCCUGCUCUACUACUAGUGCUUCUGGUUCUGCUCGCACUUCCAUGCUCGGCGCGAUAUCUGAAAGGCCCUGGCGCCGGCCUUCCUGUUGUUCUAGUGCCAGGUGACGGCGGAAGUCAGCUGGAAGCGAAUCUCACUGGAAAACCAUCGACGGUGCACUACGUUUGCUCGAAAACAACAACGACAUGGUUUGAUUUAUGGCUCAAUCUGGAGCUUUUUAUCCCGACUGUAAUCGACUGCUGGGCUGAUAAUAUGCAAUUGGUGUUCAACACAACAACCGGCCUAUCCGACAAUAUGCCGGGCGUCGACAUUCGGGUUCCAGGACUUGGCUCGACUAGUUCCAUCGAAUGGCUUGAUAAGAGCAAAGCAUCGCAGGGUAGAUAUUUCACCGACAUCGUUGAAAGUCUUGUGACAAUGGGAUACAGCCGAGGCAAGGAUGUCGUUGGAGCGCCGUUUGAUUGGAGGCGGUCGCCAAAUGAGCUUAGCUACUUCUACAUCCAACUGAAGACAAUUAUCGAGACGACCUAUAGGUGGAACGGCAAUAAGAAGGUUGUCCUAUUGGGACACAGCAUGGGCAAUCCAGUGACAUUAUACUUUCUUCACAAUUACGUCGACCAAGCAUGGAAGGACAAGUUCGUUGCGAGUUUUGUUUCGCUUGCAGCACCGUGGGGAGGAUCCAUGCAAAUUGUAAAACUAUUCGCGUCGGGAUAUAAUAUGAAUUACUAUCGAGUAAUUUUACCGCCAAGUGCUCUUCGUGGAAUGCAACGUUCCUUCACCUCGUCAGCUUUUCUGUUUCCCAAUUCCGCUGCGUGGGCUCCCGAUGAGAUUCUCGCGUCAACCGAAGAUAAAAAUUACACACUCUCCAAUGUUCAAGAAUUCUUCAAGGACAUUAAUUAUCCAGUUGGAUGGGAACAGUAUAAGGCAGCGGGAACCUUAAAUGGUAAUGUAACGGCUCCCGGAGUUGCAGUUCAUUGUGUCUAUGGGACAGGAGUCCCCACACCAGAGACUUUCCACUGGACCAAAGGCUAUUUUCCGGACUAUCAACCAGUUGAGGUAAACGGUGAUGGGGACGGGACUGUUAACAAGCGAUCUGCUCAUGUGUGCAACAAUUGGAAAGGCAAUAACGACGGAAAACCGGUGACCGUCCACGAGGUCUUCCAAGCAGAUCAUAUGACAAUUCUAAAGGAUCCGAAAGCGUUGGAAAUAAUCAGACAAGCGAUUUAUCAAGAGAUUUAA